AUGGUGGACGCAGAGGCGAAUGUACCGACAUGGAAGUUCACCCAGUGCUUCGGUGAUAAGGGAGAUGUGGAAGAUAUCACAGAAGCCGAUAUCAUCUCCACUGUAGAGUUCGACCACACGGGCAAUUAUCUGGCAACGGGCGAUAAGGGCGGCCGCGUGGUUCUAUUUGAGCGCAAUGAAACAAAAAAGACUUGCGAAUACAAGUUCCACACCGAGUUCCAGUCACACGAGCCCGAGUUCGAUUAUCUCAAAUCGCUCGAGAUAGAGGAGAAGAUCAACAAGAUCAAGUGGUGCCGGCGACAAAACGCUUCUCAUUAUCUGCUGUCAACAAACGAUAAGACCAUCAAACUCUGGAAGGUGUUUGAGAAGUCCCUCAAGGUUGUGGCCGAAAACAACCUCUCCCACGAUCUCACUCCGGCAAACAUAGCUGGAGGAGGCGGAGCCCCCCGGCCCCUUCCCAGCGCCCACUUCCGCAAUGCCAGUGACCUGAAGCUCCCGCGACUGACCCACCACGAUACCGUGGUGGCUGCUGUGCCCCGACGGACGUAUGCUAAUGCCCACGCCUAUCAUAUCAACAGCAUCUCGGUGAACAGCGACGGGGAGACAUUCAUCAGCAGUGACGACUUGCGCAUCAAUCUCUGGAAUCUCAACAUUCAGGAUCAGAGCUUCAACAUCGUCGACAUCAAGCCAGCAAACAUGGAGGAGCUGACCGAGGUGAUCACAGCGGCCGAGUUCCACCCAAUGAGCUGCAACUGGUUCAUGUAUGCUAGUUCCAAGGGGACUAUCAAGCUAGCUGACAUGCGGGAGAGCGCCCUGUGCGAUCAGCAUGCCAAGAUGUUUGAACAAGAAGAGGAUCCCUCCACGAGGUCAUUCUUCUCUGAGAUCAUCUCAUCUAUCUCGGAUGUCCGCUUUUCCUACGAUGGCCGUUACAUUCUCUCUCGCGACUACCUGACGGUCAAAAUCUGGGACGUGAACAUGGAAAGGCAACCCAUCAAGACCAUACCGAUUCAUGAGCAUCUUAGACCGAGGCUCUGUGACACGUAUGAGAAUGACAGCAUCUUCGACAAGUUUGAGGUGGUGUUUUCGGGUGAUGGCAAGAACGUCAUGACGGGAAGUUACAACAACAACUUCAUGAUCUACCCAUCGGACCCCGAACAGGAGGUUGAAGUAGUACUUCAGGCCGACAAGUCGGCUUUCAAGGCUAAGAAGGUUGGAGUGCCGACGCCCAUCAACUCAGCCACGAGCCCAACUGCCAAUGGAAAGAAGGGUGGCUCACGGGCGGGGAGCCCAGCGGCACCAGGGCAAGGCCAGAGGAUGCGAAAAGAAACCGAUGCGGACCAGAUUGACUUCAACAAGAAAAUUCUGCACAUGAGCUGGCAUCCCUUUGAAGACAGCAUUGCGAUUGCCGCGACAAAUAAUCUUUUCGUUUUCUCUGCCUUGUAG